AUGUCCUUGUUGAACAUCCUCCGCCUCCGGGCCUCGUGCAGGACUAUAACGACAUCCAAACCACCCACCUCGCUCACAUCUCUCACAUCAACACCACCCCGCCAUGGAAUAAUUCCCACCUUACCAGCGCGAUGGCGCUCCCCCCUCCACCCCACAUCCUCCUCCACCCGCCGUCUAGCAAGCAGCAACGCAGCCACCGCAGCCCGCACCCCACUAAUCUUCCCAUCCCACAUCAACAUCUACCGCGCCGGCACCCCCAUAACCCUCUUCACCGGCUUCCUCCGCAUCUCAACCAUCAUAAUCUUCGCCGCAGGCACCCUCGGAGUGGCUCCAACUUACUUCUUCUCCCCGGACCACUCCAGCCUCUGGGUACCCUUCCUAAUCAUCGGCUCCGCGAUCCCCCUGGCCCUCAUAACCUUCAUGACAGGCCCCGUAGUCCACGCCAUCCACAUGCGUCUCCCCACCCCGGCGCGCAAGAGUAAAGCCGAAUUGCGACGUUUCGCAGAGGCCGUCCCGGGGGAUACGGUGCUGCAGUUGUAUUACAUGCGUCUGGCGCCUUGGUGUACGAGUAAAGAGGUGCGGAUGAAUCGGUUGAGGAGGUUGACACCUUCCAUCAAGGGAGGUAUUGCGAAUUUGGAGUACGUGCCUGAACAUGCGGAGAAGCAUGCGGGGUCGAUUUGGUUUUGGUUGGUGCAGGGGUAUUGGGGGAGGUAUUAUGUCAAGAGGGAUCAGAGGAGGGAUCGGGCACAGGUUGCGGGCGUGUUGGAUAAAAUGUGGGAGGGUAUUCCGUGGAAGGGGAGUCCCGGGGAUCCUCUAGUGAGGGGUGCGAGUAAGGGAGAGGAGAGGAGGGUGGUACGGAUGAGUGGACGGCCCGGGGUGAUGAGUGGGAGGGAGGAGGUGAGGAGGAAAGAGGUGGUGCUUCCUCCUCCUCCGCCGCCGGGAAGCAAGCAGAGGUGA